AUGGAUCCAAAAAGGUACAAGAAACCUGGCUAUGGCUGUGGACAAUGCAAUGGCAAAGGAACGCUGGAGCUAGGUGGCGGUGACGAGGUCGGCGCCCUUGGCGUGGCGGACGACCAUGUAGCGGCCAUAUCCCUGGCCGACGAGGAGGGGGACGUGUCUGUUAUUAGAACAGAAAGAGACCGCUUAAAUAGCAGUGACAUUGGAGACCUGAAGUUUUACGUAUUUCGCCACCGCGAUACCCCAAGGCGGUCCACGGUGCCCAACAAUGUGGCGACAACUAACAUGGCCAUGGAGACCAAGCUCUGCAGGCACAAACCCAAACUCUGCCGGUCCCCUAUGAAUAUUGCUGGGGCCUGGAGGAGGGGGUUCACUGGCAGGGGUGUUGUGGUGUCCGUCCUAGAUGAUGGCAUCGAUGGAGAGCAUCCAGACCUUAAACCAAAUUACGAUCCUCUCGCCAGCUUUGAUGUGAACGGACAACGCCGACGUCCUCCUCCGAGUUAUUACGGGACCGCUGCCAACUACCACGGGACUCGGUGCGCGGGGAUAGUGGCCGCUGCAAUCCACUCGCCGUGCACAAUGGGAGUGGCUUUCCGAGCACGGAUCGGGGGCGUCCGGAUGCUGAAUGGGCUGGAGGGGGAAACGACGGACAUCGUGGAGGCGCAAGCGCUGAGCUUCAAACCUCAACACGUGGAUGUUUAUUUAGCUGGCUGGGGGCCGCAAGACGAUGGCGCCACUGUGGAUGGACCCGGGCCUGUGACUCGCCUCGCUUUGCAGAACGGCAUUGAAACAGGCCGACACGGUAGGGGCUCUGUUUAUGUCUGGCCGACGGGAAACGGCGGUGAAAAAGGUGAUCAGUGCUCGUGCGACGGCUACAGCAACAGCAUCUACACCAUCUCCAUCAGCAGCAUCCAGCACAGGAAUGAGGCAGACUAUCAGGAGAGGUGCUCAUCAACGCUGGCUACAGCUUCCACUCCGGAGGAGAUUCCGGUGUUGGCUCCACAGCAGCGCUGCGGCAAAGCUAAAUCCGGGUCGGCCCCCUCGGCUUCCAUGGCUGCCGGUGUCAUAGCGCUCACGCUGGAGGCAAACCCUCUGCUAACCUGGAGAGACGUGCAGCACAUCAUUGUUCUGACGUCAGAUGCCCGUCAGCUUGUGGCGGCCGACUGGAGCACGAAUGGCGCCGGACACAAAGUGAGCCACCUGUACGGCUACGGCAUGCUGGAUGCUGAGCGCCUGGUAUUGCAGGCUAAGCGAUGGAGAUCAGUCCCCACACAGCAUGUGUGUGUGGCGGAGGCACCCGCCCAAUUAAACAGAAUCAUUCAUCCAGGCACCGUGCUGACGUCAGCGUUGGAGACCGCCGGCUGCUCCGGCACGUCCAAGCAGCACGUCCGAGACGUGGAGCACGUGGUGGUGCGUGUCACCGUCGCAUGCGGUCGUCGUGGCGACCUUUCCAUCACGCUCACGUCACCUUCGGGCACCGUGUCGCAACUUCUGAACAAAAGGCCUCGUGACAACUCCACCGAGGGAUUUCACGAGUGGGAAUUCAUGACAACUCAUUGCUGGGGGGAACAGGCCACUGGGGAGUGGACCUUGAGAAUUCGUGAUUCACCCUCUGGAGGGAGAGAAAACUUUGAACCAGGGAUGCUGAAGAAGUGGUCUCUGGUGAUUUAUGGCACUGCAGAGCCACUGUAUCCCAUUCAUCGCCGGCAAAGGCGAUCGGCUGAGAUGGCGAAGGAUGAGGACUUCACUGAAGAAUACACUGGACCCUGCGACCCAGAAUGCAGUGAUGAUGGUUGCCAAGGUCCCGGCCCCAGGCUGUGUGUCACGUGCUCCCACUUUUUCCUUAAAUUCAAGAACAACACACGGAUAUGUUUGUCAGAGUGUCCCAGGGGAUUCUGGGGAGACCGGCGACGAUGUAAGCGAUGCUACUUCUCCUGUGAUAGCUGUACAGGAAGUCGUAGUGAUCAAUGCACCUCAUGUCAACCCCGCUACCACCUGACUGAGGAGACCAAUACGUGCACUGCUGUCUGCCAGGAAGACUAUUACCUGGACCAUGAUGCAAAUAUGUGCAGAAAGUGCAGCGAGAACUGCUUGAGGUGUACCUCCUCCAGCGUCUGCACUGAAUGCAAAACAGACAUGAGCCUGCGCGGGAACCGAUGCCAGCGGAGCUGCGCGCCAGCAUUCUACCACGACGAGGGGGAGGGUCUGUGCAAAGCUUGCCACCGGGUCUGCGCCGCUUGCGCAGGUGCAGGCGUUGAGGCGUGCACACGAUGUGCAGAAGGUUACUUAAUGGAGGAAUGGAGGUGUGUUCCCAACUGCAGUGGCGGCUUCUUCGCCACGGAGCCAAACCUGGAGAUAGCUGACGGGCACAGGAUGUGUAGGAGGUGCGACGCCAGCUGUCUCACCUGUGUCGGACCGAGCCUGGCCAACUGCAGCAGCUGUUCCAGUGGCCACAGCCUGCAGGAUGGGGAGUGUGUUCUCAACACGGCAUGCGCAGAUGCAGAGUUCCAAGACAGUAACGGGGAGUGUCACCCGUGUCACCCGACAUGUCUGAAGUGCACAGGACCACAAGACUGGGAGUGCAUCAGCUGUGUUGCUUCACGCGCUCUGGACGAGGGUCAUUGCCUAGUCGAGUGCGCCAAGGGCAAGUAUGAGUCGGGUCGGCGGUGCCACUUGUGUGAUCACACCUGCGCCACUUGUGUAGAGGCGGGGCCGGCCAACUGCACCAGCUGUGACACUGACAAGUUUGGAAUGGAGCGUUACCUGCACGAGGGCAACUGUGUCGACACCUGUCCCGAGGCUUUUUACCACACCAAGGACAGGAACUGUGAGCCCUGCUCGGACCACUGCAAGCUCUGCACAAGUUUCGACCACUGCCUGAAGUGUAACUCCUCCUAUUACGUCUCAGAGGGGUCGUGCGUCAAGCUGGAGUGUGGAGAAGGCAUGCUUGGUCACAUGACUACCUAUGAGUUUGUUGAAGUAACCGAAAAGAUGAAUUACUUCCCUCUUUUAGGAGAAGUCGAAGAUCCGGACUACAGCGACUGCAUGGCGUGCGAGGAAGGCUGCAGGCAGUGUGUCUUAUAUAACCCCAGGCAUUGCCUGUCCUGCAAAGACGGCUUUUACAAUUUCCAGGAUGGCUGCUACAAAAACUGCCCCGCUAAAACGUACAGCGUAGAGGAGGAGAUGGCCUGCGUUCCGUGUGACGACAACUGUGUGAGCUGCGACCAGCACGAGUGCUACUGGUGCGAGACUGACCUCUUCCUGUCAGAGGGGAAAUGCGUGUCCGUAUGCCCAGACGGUUACUACGGCGACGAAGACACAAAUGACUGUGAAGAGUGUCACACAGACUGCGAGUCGUGCAGUGGCCCCCACGUCCACGACUGUGCUUCCUGUGAAGAGGGCAAAACACUGGAAAUUGGACAGUGUGUGUCUGACGAGGACAUAUGUCCAUUUGGGACCUUUCGCAGUGAGGAUGGCGAGUGUGAGGAUUGUCACCCGUCUUGUGAGUCCUGCUCCGGAGAAGACAGGGACCAGUGUGCAAAAUGUGCAAAAGGGCGCUUCCUGACAUCUCAGCAAACAUGCGUGUCAAAAUGUCCCGGGGCUUUUUUCGGCGGCCGGCUGAGCGGCGAGUGCGAGCCGUGCCCCGCCGGCUGUUUGCAUUGCCUGGACUCUGAGCGUUGCACCCGCUGCCUGAACCAUCCCAGGGCGCCGUUCUUCCUGCAGGACGGCCAGUGCCUUCAGAAGUGUGUCAGGGGUUAUCCUGCUGGCCAGGUGUGUCGAAGUUGUACGGCAGGUUGUGCGUCCUGCGAGAAGAACGCCACCUACUGCCUGAGCUGUGAGGAACCUCUGCUGCUCCAAAAUCACCAGUGUGUGGACCAGUGUCCUCCGGGUCACACAGUCCGGCUCGACGAGUGCCAUCAAUGCCCUGCAGCCUGCGACGAGUGCAGCCCCCUCGGGGAGUGCACAGCCUGUGAGGAGUAUCAUUUCCUCCACGAAGGCCUGUGCAUGGCCGAGUGCCCCGACAGCUUCUUCGGCGAUGACGAGAGACGGGAGUGUUUGCGCUGUCAUGGCGACUGUGAUUUGUGUGAUGGUCCCAACGAUAACGACUGCGAUGCUUGCGCCGACCCCUGGGCGAUACUGUACAAUGGAGCGUGUGUGCCUGUGUGUCCUUCUCAUACCUUCAUGGACGCCGUGACAGGAGAAUGUAAAGACUGUGACGCCUCCUGCCUUACCUGCGUGGGCCCCUUGGCUGCCUCCUGCUCCGGCUGCAGAGGGGACCACCGGCUGGAGGAGGAAGAGGAGGAAGAGGGCAGAGGCCGCUGCGUGCUGCUGGCCGACGAGUGUUCGCCGCAUCAGUAUCCCGACACGCAGGGAGGAUGCCUCCCUUGUCACAAAUACUGCCAGCGCUGCUCGGGUCCUGAGAAGAGCCACUGCUUGAGCUGCAAGCUGAGACAUCUCCUCCUCAAUGGCACCUGCGUGGAUCAAUGCCCGCCGGAUCACUACGCCGACGAGUUGCGUCAGAAAUGUGAUGCGUGCCACCCGACAUGUCAGUCCUGCGUGGGAAAACACCGUCACGAGUGUCUGACCUGCAGGGACCGCCUGUUUCGAGACGGCAAAGAAUGCAUGGAGACGUGUCGCCACAAUCACUAUGGCAACGCGGCCUCCAGGACAUGCGAGCCUUGCCACCCAAGUUGCGUGGAAUGUUCAGGGGGAGGAGCCGGCGGCUGCCUUAGCUGUGCCCCGGGUCUGGUCUACUUGCAAGGAGAAGGCCGCUGCCUUGCCGUGUGUCCUGAGGGGUUCUACAUCCAUGUCGAGAACUUAUCCUGCGAGCGUUGUCAUGCCAGCUGUGCAUCGUGCUCAGGGAAGAGCGCGCACUCCUGUGACUCCUGUGGACCAGGUUACCUCCUUUUAGGCGGGACGUGUGUGUCAGUGUGCCGCACAGGGACGUACCCACUAAUGAAGGGUUCCGGCCACACUUGUGAGGACUGUGACCGCUCCUGCCUUCAAUGUCGAGGGCCCGGCCACGCAGACUGCACCGUGUGUGGCACGCAGGCCAUCUUGGAAGCCGGGGGACGCUGUCUGCUCUGUUGCCAACACGAGGAGGACGAGGGAGCGGAGACCAGGGCAACGCACGACUGUUGUAACUGCACGGAAACGAGAGGCGAGUGCGUCCUCAGCACCAACUUGGCGUUCCGGAACGAGGAGGAGGAAGAAGAGCAGAGCGGAAAUCUGGCGGUCUUCAUCAUCGCCUGCGUCUUGCUGGUGGCCGCGCUCGUCGCCGCCAUCUUCCUCAUCCGGCACUCCCGCUCCAAGAGGACGCCCUCCGACGCUCCCGCUCGGGGUUACGAGCAGCUGGGCUCCGACGGCCACACCAGCUCCUCCUCCAACGCUUCCCACGGGGGACGCUGCAAAGACACUCAGCUGGUCGACUUCCGCCGACGCCACUUGGGCGGUAAGGACGAGGAAGACGAGGAGGACGAGGAGGACAUCGUCUACAUGGGCCAGGAUGGAACUGUCUACAGGAAGUUCCGCUACGGACAACUGGGAGAGGACGAGGACGAUUUGGAGUAUGACGACGAGAGCUGCACUUAUAGAUGAAGCAUGGGAGAUGUCCCCCCUGUUAAUACUUCAAAUAGUAUUGUGCAAAAGUCUUGGGUCACCUACAAAACAUGUCCUCCAGUCUAAAAGACGCCUUCUUCCGUGUCUGUUGACUAAAUACAAAGUAGGUAAUAAGUAUGUCGCUAAACAAAAAAGCAGCAUCCACCAUCAUGAAAACCAACAAAUAUAAUAUUAUGUUCUUUCCCCUUAUUUUUCUUUUCUUUUAAACUCGCACAUAUUCUCAUACUACGGUAAAAAUUCUCAGCAUUUAUUCAACCUAAACCGCAAAAAGGACGGGAAGCAGGCAAUAAUGGAGAGUGGCUUUUGAUUCUCUCAUUUGAAAACAAAUAAUUUAGAGCAGGUUAGUGUGAAAAGGAGGCAACAUUUUUGAAUUAAAAAAACUGCUGUUCUAAAUGUGUCCACUAGAUGUCAAAAUAGCAAUUAUUUUUAUAUUUUUAGAUGAUGCUACAUAUGUGCAAAAUAAACCACAUCAUGUUAGUGCACUCGUCGAGGAAAAUGACUAAACUACAUAAAUAACAUCCUGUAUUUUGUUUCUGAUAUUAUUUUUUUUAUCUUGAUAGAUUGAAAAUGAACACCAAUGAGUUGACUGAUGAAUUUUAUCAGAUAAUUUAUUCAGAAAGUAGAGAUGAGGACAAAUAAAGAUAGAAUACCCAAUAACUGCAACAUGUAAAUGUAAAGAAAAAAGAAAAAACAUUAAUAUUUGUACAUUUUCAGAAUGUGCUUUUCUUAUUUUUAAACAAAGAAAAUAAUCUGAAGUUGUCUUUAUUUUAAGUUAUUGUGCCGUGAUUCACCAGUCCGGCCCACUUGGGAGUAGAUUUUUGUCCAUGUGGCCCCUGAUCUAAAAUGAGUUUGACACCCCUGAUUUAGAGAAUGAAUAAGCAGUUAUCGUAUUUUUCGGACUAUAUUUAAAACCCUUUCAUUUUGUCAAAAAUCGACAGUGCGACUUAUAACCCGGUGCGCCUAAUGUACGUAAUAGUUCUGGUUGUGCUUAUCAACCUCCAAUCAAUUCUAUUUAGUACACGGUGUAAUAAGUGUGACCGGUAGAGGGCAGUCACACAUCAUUUUAAUUUUCCUGAAGGAAUAAAUAAAGUACUAUCUAUCUAUAAGAUAUAUGUGGACUGCAGGUUGACGCCAGUUCAUUCACUAUGAGAGACGAGCAUACACGUUUUUUUACGAUUUUAAAGACGAUAAAAAACGUUUGUAGCCUUCAAAACCCUCCAGCAACAUUUAAUAAUACACACUGCAAGUCCAUAUAAUGUAGUAAAAGACACGUUCAUAACGAUAUGUAAUAUGUUCAAUAUUUACCGUAUUUUGAUCGUUUUAAUCGUUUCCAGGACUGAUUUAUUUUGCGCAUUGAUUUCUGUUUCCAUAGCAGCGCACGUCUGACUUCUGGCAACAUGUGAGUUCUUACUUCCAGAAUCAAACAACAGUGUGUUUUAAUAAUGGCAGACAUUAUAAAAAACAACAAAGAUGACUGUUUUUGGACAAAUGAGGAUUCACAACCUUAUACUUUUGAAGCUAAAUGUACUGCUGCUUAUAGAAGCAAGCACGGAGGAAGAGGCAUUGGAGCAGACGGAAGCCGGGAGAGUGAGGUGAAAGUGUCUUUGACGCUAUAAAUAUAGAACUUGGAGCCAAGCUAUUUCGACAUAAAUGGAUUGCUUACCCAAAAUAAACAAGAAAUGUCUCUGGCCAGCUGGACCACACAAAUAACAGUCCAUCGAGUGAGUCACUUUAAUAUCCACCAAUCUCAAAGCAAUUUUAUUUGGUAGAUGGUGUAGUGAUAAGUCUGACCAUAGGAUACCUGUGGACUGCAGGUUAACGCCAGUUCAAUAAAUGACGCUAGCAAGUACCCGUAAGCUAGCAACACGAAAACGUUGAUGUUUCGUUGAGAAUAUAGAACAUUACACACAGCGCUGAAAAAUCUGUCAACAUUUUUUAGUACGACUUUGGUAAGCUACGAAGCCGCAUCGCUUGAUGCUUCAACAGACGGACCAUAUGGUGUUUAAGGACCCCAAAAUGGCACCUAUUAGGAGAAAUAAUAGGCAAAACCAACUUUUCUUACCUAUAGGUACCUGCUGUUGUGUACUUUAUAUCGGCAUAAUUUCCCAAAAAUUGCGCCGUAGUCAAAAAGCUACUUUUUUGUCUCCAUCUAUACUCUUGUGGGGCAUUCAUUCUCCACUGUUACCAUUUCUAAUACAAAGUAAUGUACUGAUCUAACUUGUAUCUGUCAGUAUACUCACUAUUGAAGUGCUAAAAACUACCAGUACAGCAAAGAUGAUGGUGGUAAGACGCUGUCGAAAUUGAGCCACGUAAAUAAGACCGCACACCAAACGGCGCAUCCUGAAGAGUCAGAAAGCGGCUUGAAGUUGGUCUUUAAAACAUAAUUUAUGCAACAUUUUGACUUAAGAACCACCAUUACAUGUUAUGUAGAACACAAUAAAGUGUUUUAAACGUAGUCAAAAAUCAUAAUAAGAACCCUGUAAUGCGCCUUUUGUGUGAAAAUAGAUCUGAAUAGACCCGCUCAUCAGCAGAUUGCCUUGUAAUCUGGUGCGCCUUAUGGUCAGUCAAACACGGCACUCACUCUAUUAUGGAAGACUUGACAGUUACUUGCAUUGAUUGUAGUAUGGUUUGUUUUAUUUUAUUGAUCAUUAGUCAUGUGUGAAGAAACCUAAAAUGUUGUUUAAUAUUAUUCUUAAAAUGUGUUUAUAUUGUUUAGGUGAUGGCCUCCUUCAAAAUAAACACCUCCAGGCCACAAUAUGAGGAAGUAUUUGUUUUUAAUUUGCUGUCCUGCUUUAUAUGUGCAUUCACUGGCUUGUAAAUUGAAAAUAUACAACAAGGACGGACAGAAGAAUUGGGACAGUAUUUAAACUAUAUCAGUUGAUGUACUCAGAAGUGUGUCCCAAUACUUUUGUGACUGUUGAAAUAAAGUUUUAGGA